AUGCCUGGGGACUAUUCGCCAGUUUCUAUUGCUAUUAUGAGGAAGGCUGUGCAUCAUCAUUCGCCAGCAGCUGCUUCCUAUGCUGCAUCGUUAUCUGAAGCUCGGCGGCGACAAAUCCCGGGCAUGUCGUGGGCGGGGUUGCCAUUUCUGCCUGGGACGUCGAGCCUUGUUGAGGAGCUAGACAAGAAGCUACUCGUUGUUCUUAGAGAUGGACGUAAAAUAAUUGGUAUCCUGCGCUCUUUCGACCAAUUCGCUAAUCUCGUGCUGGAGCGUACGACUGAGCGGAUAGUUGUCGGCGAGCAAUACUGCGACCUGCCUCUGGGACUGUACAUUAUCAGAGGAGAGAACGUCGUUCUGAUAGGCACACUUGACGAGCACAUGCCAGAAAUGCCUCCUAAUAUGGUUUCCGUUUCGUUACAACAGAUUCGACAGGCCCAGAAAGAGGAAAAAGAAGCAUCCGAGCUCAAGGGAAUGUUGAGGAAGCAGAUGGAUUUUCUUGACAUUGAGUAG